AUGACGCCUUUUGGUUCUGCAGGAGCUGGAGGAGAUGGUGUAAGUCGAUCUCAAUACAAAGAUAAGGACAAACCGACACAGAUUCGAUACAGCAACAUACAAGCAACUAAAGCUGUUUCAGAUGCUGUGCGGACGAGUUUGGGCCCCCGUGGCAUGGACAAAAUGAUUCAGGCAGCUAAUGGUGAUGUUACUAUUACCAAUGAUGGAGCAACUAUUCUUAAACAGAUGCAGGUGCUUCAUCCAGCAGCAAAAAUGCUUGUUGAACUCUCGAAGGCUCAAGACAUAGAAGCAGGCGAUGGGACCACAUCUGUUGUUGUUUUAGCUGGCAGUUUACUAGAUGCAAGUGCUAGUCUGUUGUCAAGGGGUAUUCACCCUACAGCAAUAUCUGAAGGAAUCCAGCGUGCAGCUACCAAGUCUACAGAAAUCCUGGAGUCCAUGGUCACUCCUCUUGACCUGAGUGACAGAGAAUCAUUGUUGAAAAGCGCAUCCACAGCCUUAAACUCCAAGGUUGUGUCUCAGUACUCUUCCAUUCUGUCACCCAUUGCUGUGGAUGCUGUCAUGAAAGUCAUUGAUCCAGUCACAGCCACAAAUGUAGAUCUUAAUGACAUUAAGAUCGUCAAAAAACUUGGAGGUACAGUGGAAGACACGGAACUGAUUGAAGGCCUGGUGUUUACCAGCAGGACUUCAGGAGCAGGGGGACCCACCAAAGUGGAAAAGGCUAAAAUUGGCCUCAUUCAGUUUUGUAUUUCCCCACCCAAAACUGAUAUGGACAACCAAGUGAUUGUCUCUGACUACACUCAGAUGGACCGUGUCCUACGGGAGGAACGAGCUUACAUUCUUGACAUUGUGAAGAAAAUCAAGAAGGCUGGAUGCAAUGUGUUGCUGAUUCAGAAAUCUAUUCUGAG